AGAGGGAAAGGGGGGGCUGGGGGUGGACUGGCGCCGAACACAGAAGAAGCAUAAGGUACAACACUGCUGUGCGGAUACUCUUCAUCAAACAAGCGGCUGAAUGAAGGAUCGAUAGUUUGGGGCAUGAUCAAUUUUCCAUAGCUACAAUCCACGAGAUUUCUCGAUUGCAUUGCGGAUCUCGAUGUACAAACGUUGGCCAUGCGUCUUGGUGUGGUUUUGGAGCUGUCGUGAUAAGCUGACCGCGUCUGCAUGGUACAUACAGUACAUGCUCGAUGCAGAUGUUGAGAUGUUCUCCUGCCCUGCUGUGUCGUUCCAACAGCCUUUCUCCACUCUUACCCUGUGCUCGCUCUCGGACCUUUUCCCUCAGACAGCAAUCACACAUUACAUCACCGUGCAGUGCAGUGCAGUGCAGCACAGUGCUGUGCUCAUUCUCCCAGUCAUUCCUCCAAGCGGAAAGUCGGUCUGUCUCAUACCCCGGUCCCCGCCUGCUCAUCCGCUUCCAGACCCCCAUGCAUGGCGGGCGCACAAGCGUGGGUCGGAGAUUUCAGGGAUAUGUGCUGUUGCUGUUGAGGACAGGGAGGUGGGAGUCGAAGUGGGGCGGAAAAUAGAAUGCUACGCUAGCAGUCAGUCGUGGUACACGGACCGGAUGAUUUGUUUGUGUGACUGAGGAGGCUGGGGUGCUGUGCCGUGGGGUGGGGUAUGUUUGAGAAGGCAAAGAAAAAGGCGGUGCGGUGGGUACACGACCGAUUCUAAGACUGGCGGCGCGGCGGUGGGCUGAUGCGCAUGCGGGCGGCGUAGAGCUGGGGUUGGGAUUCCAG